AUGGCAUCGGAGAGCUCGAGUUGGCAUGGAUCAGCGCCCGCGGGUGCUGACAUUGACAUGGGUGAAGACGGUCAAGCGACUGGACGGCAAAUGAAUGAGAACCAAGCCGGAAGCCGGACGAAACGACAGCGAGCGCGCACCGAUCAAGACGCUGAGGCGGCGGGAUGCGAAGAAGAGGAGCUCAUUGGAGAUAUGUCUGAAGGUGAGUGGGGCGCACUACAGAGCGAAUUCCAGACAACCAACACGGUGAUAUCUUUCUCCAUGUCCGGAGGCUACGUUUACGUUGACGACUGCAGAAUGUAUAGCAAACACUUUCAGCGUGACAUUCUGGAACCCUGCCGCGCUAACGGAGUGCUUUUCGAGGACAACAAACUCAGCGAAGUCGAAAGCGUGAAGAAAGGGGCAGGAAGGAUCAGGAAGCACGUCACCAGUCUGACAGGGAUCCCGGUCAAGUUGGACCGCGCGCUGUGGUUGAUGCUGAAACCAGGAUUUUUAGAGGUCAAGGGGGUGCAGAUUUGGAUGCAGCCGCUGUUCACCGGACGGAAAAAUAUGAACCUUACGCUGAAUGAACUGGAGUAUGUCAAGUGUAACCGCGUUUCGUUCGGACAACUACUCGCAGCACUGCGGCAGUGGGGGGGCGCGUGA